CUUGAGCUGCCUGCCAAUAACAACAACAACGACUACGGACUAAUUCACUCAUUUAAGUCCAAAUUAUCCAGUCUUUGACUUUUUAAGAAGAUUUCGGUCAUGAUGCUGAGACCGAAGGAUUUGUGUCAGGGCUCUGGCACAAAAACUUUCCUGGAGGCCAUGCAGAGUGGCAAAGUUCACCUCGCUCGCUUCGUCCUGGACGCUUUGGAUGGACGCAUCAUCAACUCGAAAGCCGAAAACGGUCGUACGCUUCUGAUGUUUGCAGUGUGCCUUCAAGAUAACGCAAACAGAUCAAAGUUCACCCAUUUGUUGUUGGAAAAAGGUGCAGAUGUAAACAUUCGGGAUGACCAUGGCCGCACAGCCUUGAGUCUCACUUGUGAACAAGGCCACUUGGAUGCUGUAAAGCUCCUCGUGCAGUUCAACGCCGAUCCUGAAAUUACAGACACUUGGGGAAACAGUGCGCUCAUGUACGCCGCCUGUGGAGGACACAGUCAAGUCCUUGAGUUCCUGGUUAGGGCGUUCAAGAAGCUCGGGCUGCGGUUAGAGCGCACCAACCACGCAGGCCAUUCCGCCAUGCAAGUAGCGGACUUCUUUGGACACAACCAGUGUGUUCAAGCCCUUAAUGGUUGUGGAAAGAAGGCGGUAAGUCUGACCGACAGCUCUGAAGAACCCGCAGAAGAUCUCAGGUGGCCCAAUCGACUUCCCAAGCAAGUUCUAGAGCGCUUCUCCAAACAAAUCCAGAGCAGAAAUGAAGAACUUUUCCCAGCCUUGUUUCAGAGACAGCUACGCGUGGGAGAUGGCAACAGCCUGCAAAUUCGUUUCAGACGUCAACCGCCAUCCCCUGAUGGAGCGGAUAUGAACCACUGCCAAACUUUGAACAGAUUGGAGGAGAGACGUCCAACUGAAGAUGGACAGGAUAUCUUGUUUGCUUCAAAACAGAUUCAAAACUCUGUUCUGAAAGAAGCUGGCACCACCAGAAGUUUGGAUUUCAAUCCAGAACGGCUCAAACACGAGAAUGAAGAUGCUCCUAUCUGGGGAAAAGCCAAAUCCCUUAAUUUGGACCUCAGAACUGGCCGGAAACAGUCCUAUCAAGGUGACGUUCAUGAAAUCAACAGAUCUGCCAGUAAAUUCAAAAGAGCGUCGCUUCAGGAUGAGAAACCUCUUGUGGCAAAGUUCUACUGCCGUGACAACAUGAAGAUAAAUGACGCUGUGAAAUCAGAAUACCUUGGAGGAUUUGAGAAAUCACAGAUUGGUGAGAUUAAGGGUAGAAAAGAGCGUGAUAGUAUUCCCAAAACUGGCAGACAGAACAAACUUCUCUUCAAUCGAGAAGAACUUGAACCUGAGAGAAUCAAACCUCAUCCCACCGGACUUGCUGGAUUUGGAACCAGGCUGCUGCGCAGAUUCACAGCUCCAGAAUUUAUGAGGCACAUCAGAGACUGUCCGACCGAGGCGGGCCAGACUUUGAAAGCCAAGAUGUCCCGGUCAGAAACCUUUCCAUUCUCACACACUCAUCAGAGAGUGAACAGCCAGCCGAGUGUGGACAGCAUCAGCGGGGUGAGAUGCGAAUUUGAGAGUAAUUCUGCUUUAUUUCACCCUUAAAUGUGUGAUAAUGAACAUAUUUCUAUUAAGAUAACUUGAACUCUGUGGAAGCCUCAUAUAUAAGCAUUUAAAUACGAAUUUAGUGACUUUUAAGCGGCUUCUACAUGGCUUGUAUUGGGCGCCAAAGCUCCACUCAACGCCAUUGUUAAAUGCCACUUUGCCCUCCAUGUGACUAGCAUCACAGAUAGAGAAUUUGAGAGUAAUUCUGCUUUAUUUCACUUUGAAAUAUGUGAUAAUAUAUAUAUUUCUAUUAAGAUAACUUGGACUCUGUGGAAGCCUCGUAUAUAGGCAUUUAAAUACUAAUUUUGUGACUUUUAAGUGGCUUCCACAUAGCUUGCGUCGAAGCUCCAACGCUCCACUCAAACGCCGUUGUGUCCUCCAUGUGACUAGCAUUACAUAUUUGAGAGUAAUUCUGAGUUAUUUAACUCAUAAAUGUGCAAUUAUGAAUAGAUUAUAUUAAGAUAACUAUAACUCUGUGCUAGCCUCAUAUAGGCAUUUAAAUACGAAUUUAAAGAUGUUUAUGACUCCACGUUAGCAUCAAACACCGCUGUCCCCUCCAAGAAACAAGCAUUGCUUCGAAAUUAUUAACAUUAUUCAACGUCUCUUCAAACAUUUUGACAGUUUUUAAAUAGUUCUUGUUGCUUUGUAAUCUAAAAGACAUCAUUAGUGAGACAAAAACAUGUGUGGAAAGACACUUUGGUGUAAAGUUGGACCAGACUUUGGCUACUGCUUAUUAGUAAAUAGUCCGGUAAUCAUUGGCUGAUGCUUCAUCCAAGUUUAAUUUCAAAGUUGGAACUUACUGUUUGAACUUUGAGCAUCGCAUUACGAUGCUUAAAGGAAACGUGAUGCGGUGUCGAGGGCAACGCUGACGCUUCACUCCAUAGACUCCAAUGUUUUUGACAGCACUGAUGCAAGUUAUAUGUACAGAAAUAACGCCCAGGUGUUUAACAUUUAUAAAUAGCCAUGUACUUAAUGACUGUAAUAACUUUGGCUCUCUGCAUCUCUCAAGGUCAAUUAUUGCCUCUGUAGACAUUUUGCACCGUAAAAGAGUGUCUGUGUUCUGUUGGAUGCAUACAUGCAUCAUACAUAGCUUCAUUACAGUGUAUGCAUGUUAUAUUUUUUAUAUGUUUUCUUGAAAGAAAAAUUAGAACAUUGAAUAAAAAGUGAAUUAUAUACACAGAAAAUUGUGAUUUGUAUGGAGUAACAAUACUGUUUUGUAUAUAUCUAUGCAUAUCUACUGUAUAAUGUAAAUAUGUUUAUAUUCAGUAUCUUUGCUUUGUUUGAUAGACAAAUUUAUUAAUAAACUUAAAAAUAAAAUUAAUAAAGCUUAAAGCAUCUGUUUGUGA